AUCUUCAUGAAAAACAAUUACUACAAUGGAGAGAAGAAGAUGAGGUUUACAGUGAAACUCACACUUUCCAGGAAAUGCUGAACAAAGUCAGGAAACAACCUUAUAUGACAUUUGUUGGAGUCCCAGGGUCCGGAAAAUCAGCAACGAUUCAUCACAUAGCCCUGAUACUCCAGAAGGAAGAUUACGAGGUUGUACCAGUUAAAGACAUCAAUGAGAUUUACCGUUAUUGUGACUCCCAUAAUCCUCAGGUAUUUGUCAUAGAUGAUGUGGUAGGUGUGUUGGGUCUUCAAAAGCAAAAGUUAGAGACUUUAGUUGACUAUGAAAAAAUUAUUUCAGAUCCCUCCAAACGUACAAAGGUACUGAUGUCAUGCAGGGAAGCAGUUUUUAAUGAAUGUUACAAAUCAUUUUUCAUAAAUGAGGAAAACGUAAUCAAAAUGUGUAGUCCAGAAAAUUCAUUGAAUGAUGAUGACAAAAAAGCCAUUCUUCAGACACACGGCUUGGAUAAAGAUUUGUUGUCUCCUACAUUACUGAGGGAAACAUCGACUAUGUUUCCUCUAUUAUGUAAACUUUACUCAAAAGAGGAGAAAUUUAGAAACAAUGUUGAAAGGUUUUUUACCUGUCCAGCUAGAUACAUUUUAGAAGAAUUAGAUAAAAUGCAAAAACAAAAUAGAUUACAGUAUGCUACGUUGGUCUUAUGCCUCUUAAAUGACAACAAAUUAUCAAAAGAAAUUUUAAAAGACAAAGAAAAUAAGGUUUUCUAUGAAAUGAAAUCAAAAGCAUUAGAGAGUUGUGAAGUCGAAAGUAACAUGGAUCCAUUUAAAUUUGUUAAAGCAUUGUCAGUAAUGGAGGGGACAUACACAAAACUCUGUGGCUCUGAAUAUACAUUUAUUCAUGACUCAAUGUUUGAAAUCAUUGCUUAUCAUUUUGGUUCUAAAUUUCCAGAUCUCAUUUUACAAUUCAUGAGUAGUAGUUACAUUGCUAACUAUGUAAAGCUUCAAAAACAUGAAAUGCUUAAAUUAGAGAAUGAACACAAGCAAGCAAGUGAAAAAGUUUCAAUCGAGAGUAAGAGUAAAAAUGAAAAAAACAUGGCUUGUGAAAGCUCACAAAAAGGGGAGAAAGAGGCAUUAAGUGCUGAAAACAAUGAUAGAAUGGAGUCAUUUGAUCUCUGUAUAAGGAUAGGGGAGGGUCAGUACUCUAUGUUAGCAGAGCGUUUAUACAGGGAUAUAGAAAAUAUGGAGCUGUUUGAUGUUUUUAUGAAUAAUAUUUUAAAACACCCCAGUGUUUGUCAGGCUUUUAUUGAGGUGUUAGAGACAAAGUCCUACACAGAGUUGAAGUCUUUAUUUCUGUCAGUGCAGAAAGAUGCGUCUAAGGUAGUGAGAAAAGGAAAGCGUGUGAGGGAGGAGAGUGAGAAGGGGGAUAGAGAAAAAAAAUUCAGUUCUAGGGUUAUCAGUUGGGUGAUUUUCUUCGGACACAAAAUGAUUUUGCAUUAUAUUUUAGAACAAACUGAGUAUCACAAAGAAACGCAGUCUGAAUUUUUUUUAAAUUCUUUUGAACUUGCUUUACUUAAUCCGACAAAACAAGGGGAAAAUUGUACUGUAGCAAAUAAUCCGGAAAAUUUAUGGUCAUUCAGAGACCUGGACAUUGAUGGAUCCAUACAUGAACAAAAACGCUUACUUCAGCUGAGUUGUUACAAUGGAGAUAUAGAAACUGUUAGAAUAUUUAUUAAAAAUAUGAAAAGAAAUACAAUUUAUAUGACCUUUCCAGAUUUAGAUUUUGAAUCUGUGUUGGGUGACGAAGCACUUACAGUUGCAUGUGAGCGUGGACAUCUGAGUGUAGUGAAGGAGUUAGUAGAGGUAGGGGCUGAUGUCAACCCACAGGGUGACUAUAAUAAACCACUGACAGUAGCUUGUGAGGGUGGACAUACGAAUUUAGUGAAGGAGCUUAUAGAAGCUGGAGCUGAUAUCAAUCCUAAAGGUAACUAUGAUACACCACUGAUAGCAGCAUGUGAGGGUGGAUAUAUGAGUGUAGUGAAGGAGCUUAUAGAAGCCGGAGCUGAUAUCAAUCAACAAGGUGCGUUUGAUACACCACUGACAGCAGCAUGUCAGGGUAGAUACAUGAGUGUAGUGAAGGAGCUUAUAGAAGCUGGAGCUGAUAUCAAUCAACAAGGUGCGUUUGAUACACCACUGACAGCAGCAUGUAAGGGUAGAUACAUGAGUGUAGUGAGGAAGCUUAUAGAAGCUGGAGCUGAUAUCAAUCAACAAGGUGCGUUUGAUACACCACUGACAGCAGCAUGUAAGGGUGGAUAUAUGAGUGAAGUGAAGGAGCUGCUCGGGGCAGGGGCUGAUGUUAAUCAACAAGGAAAGUAUGAUACACCACUGACGGCUGCAUUUAAGGGUGGACAUCUAAAUUUAGUGAAGGAACUCCUGGAGGAAGGUGCUGACGUCAAUCCACACGGUAAAAUAGAUACACCUUUAUUUGUAGCAAUUAGAGGUGGAAAUCUGAUUAUAGCUAAGGAGCUGCUUAGGGCAGGGGCCGAUGUUAAUCCACAAGAUAAGUUUAAUACACCACUGAUAGCAGCUUGUGUAGGUGGGCAUGAGCGUUUUGUGAAAGAGUUGCUAGUUGCAGGGGCUGAUGUUAAUCUACAAAGUAAAGAUGAAACACCCCUGAUAGCGGCUUGUUAUGGUGGACAUAUGAGUAUAGUGAUGAAGCUGUUAAAGGCAGGAGCUGAUGUCAAUCUACAAGUUAAAUCUUGUACAUCACUAGUAGCGGCAUGUUGGGGUGGACAUGAAGACGUUGUUGAAGAGCUGGUAAAAGCAGGAGCUGAUGUCAAUUUACAUGGUAAUUAUUAUAAAUCAAUGAGAGUGGGUGUAGAGAAGGUGUUCGUAGAGCCAUUUCAUAAAUUUUAUACACCACUAACAUUAGUAUGUGGUGGUGGAUAUAUGAGUGGAGUUAAAACUCUGCUUAAGGCAGGCGCUGAUGUUUAUCUACAAGAUGAAUAUUUAACACCACUAAUAGCAGCAAUUGAGGGUGGAUGUAUAUGUAUAAUAAAGGAGCUACUAAGUGCAGGGGCUGACGUAAAUCUAAAGGGUAAGCAUAAAACACCACUGAAAGCAGCAUACGAUAGUGGACAUAUGAAUAUUGUGAUUGAGUUGUUGAACGCAGGGGUUGAUGUAAAUAGACACGAUGGAUUUGAUACACCACUGACAGUAGCAUGUCAGUAUGAAAAUGUGGGUGUAGUGAAGGGGUUAAUACAGAAAGGAGCUGAUGUUAAUCUACAAGGGAAGUAUUAUACACCACUGAUGGCUGCAUGUAGGGGUGGACAUAUGAGUAUUGUGAUGGAGCUGUUAAAGGCAGGGGCUGGUGUUAAUCUACAAGGGAAGGAUGAUUGUGAUACAGCGCUGACACAAGCAUGUUAUAGUGGACAUACAAGUAUUGUGACAGAGCUACUGAAAGCAGGGGCUGAUGUUAAUAUACAAGGAAAGUAUUAUACACCACUGAUGGCUGCAUGUAGGGGUGGACAUAUGAGUAUUGUGGUGGAGCUGUUAAAGGCAGGGGCUGGUGUUAAUCUACAAGGGAAGGAUGAUUGUGGUACAGCGCUGACACAAGCAUGUAAUAGUGGACAUACAAGUAUUGUGAUAGAGCUACUGAAAGCAGGGGCAAAUGUUAAUAUACAAGGAAAGUAUUAUACACCACUGACGGCUGCAUGUGAUAAGGGACAUACAAGUAUUGUGAUAGAGCUCCUGAAGACAGAGGCUGAGGUCAAUCUACAUAGAAAGGAUGAUUAUAAUACACCAAUGACACUAGCAUGUAAAAAGGGACAUACAAGUAUUGUGAUAGAACUGAUGAAGGCAGGGGCUGAUGUUAAUCUACAAGGAGAGUGUCAUACACCAUUGACGGCCGCAUGUAAAAAGGGACAUUUAAGUGUUGUAAUAGAGCUGCUGAAGGCAGGGGCCGAGGUCAAUCUACAUGGUGAUUAUGAUACACCACUGACGGCCGCAUGUAAGAAUGGUUAUAUAAAUAUCGCUAAAAAGCUGCUAGACGCAGGAAGUGAUGUUAAUAUGCAGGAUGAGGAAGGAAAUACUCCUCUCUAUAAAGCUUUUGUAAACAUAAAUAAAACUGCCAUCCCUGUUUUACUUAAAAUAUUUGAUAUCUAUGGUGCCGACUCAAUUAUCUGUAAUAAAGAAGGUAUUUCAACAUUCUAUAUUGCAUUAAUUAGGAAUGAGAUUGGUUCUGUAAAACAAUUAUUAAGAACAGAGAAUGAAAGUCAGUUAAAUAAUUUGAAGUUACAUUUGUUUGAGUGUUUGGUAAACAUAAGACACAGUGACGUGAUGACUGAUAGUAAGGAUGACGUGGUGGUGACACGGAGACGAGUGUGGCGUAUGAAGAUAUGGGGAGAUUUAUAUGAGGCAAUCAUAGAAAGUGAUUGUAAGGAUUUAAAGCAUCUGUUAAGUGUGGGUCUGGAUGUCAAUCAGUGGAUUGAGCACUAUCAUCAUGAUGAUUGUUAUUAUAAUUAUGAGACUGAUGUAAGACCUCUGCUGUUUACACUGAUUGAUGAGGAUUUAUAUUAUAAAAGAAGAUUAGUAAAUAAGGUGAGGUUUCUCCUGGAGGCGGGGGUGGAUAUCAAUGUCAGGGUGAGGUACAGCGAGUAUGAUUCUGUGUUAGACAAAGAGGGGGUGUCUGUUCUAGAGAGGAUACGACGACUGCUGAGUGAGUGCAGUAAGUAUGAGUUGAAAAGAGGUGUUUUGUUUAAUUACAUGAGAGUGAUCAAGGAGGUGAAGAAACACGUGAGACGAUACUCUGUGUAG